AUGAGUCUUAUACCCCUGUCCAUUCUUUUGAAUAAGCAUGACAUAGGAUACUCUCUGGAGAAGGGAGGUCGACCGAAAGUGUCACAUAGGCUAUACAUGGACGACCUCAAGUUGUAUGCCGAGAGUGAAGACGAAAUGCAAACACUGGUUGAUACCACAGCAGAGUUCAGCAGUGACAUAAAAAUGGAAUUCGGACUAGAGAAAUGUGCCGUGGUGAAGGUGAAGAAGGGAGCAAGAGCCGUUUUCGAAGGCAUCUCCCUACCCACAGGUGAACAGAUCCAUGAGUUGGAGGACGACGGCUUUAAGUAUCUGGGAAUACUAGAAGCCAAUGAUAUAUUGCACAAAGAGAUGAAAGCACUGGUUACAAAGGAGUAUAUCAGAAGAGUUAAAAAGGUUUUAAAAUCCCAGCUUCAUGGCAGGAAUAGUAUACAAGCAAUUAACACCUGGGCUGUACCUGUGAUAAGAUAUGGAGCUGGAAUUCUCUCAUGGAAUGCUGGAGAGACCAAAGCCUUAGAUGUCAAGACCCGGAAACUGAUGAGGAUAAAUGGAGCUCACCACCCCCAAGGAGAUGUUGAUCGGUUAUACGUAAGCCGUCAACUGGGUGGCCGUGGGCUACAUAGUAUAGAGGAAGUCGUAAAGAGAGAGGAGAAUGCACUCACCACUUAUGUGGUGAGAAGUAGAGACCCAGAACUGAUUGCUCUAAAGGACUACUUUGUCAAAGACAAGAUACUCUUGGGUGAAGAGAUAGAGAAAGAUAUCGACCGAACACAACGCGAGGAAAUCCGAAAGGAGAAGUGGACUGCUAAAGUGAUGCACGGACAGUUCCCAAGGCAGAUGAUGGGUAUAGCGGACCCGUUAACCUCUUGGAACUGGCUCACUCAACAAGACUUGAAGAAGGAGACAGAAGGAUUGUUGAUAGCAGCCCAAGACCAAGCACUUAGGACGAAUUAUGUGAAGCACAGGAUUGACAAAACACCUGGCUCUUCUCCCCUCUGCAGACUCUGCAGAAAUCAUUACGAGACAAUAGACCACAUACAGAAUGGGUGCCCAAAACUUUCACAGACAGAAUAUAAGUGUCGGCAUGACAAAGUAGCUGCCGCAUUGCACUGGAGUCUGUGCAAGGAAUACGGCUUCCCACGCAGUAAAAGGUGGUACGAACACCGGGCAGAGAAGGUGCUGGAGAACGAAAAAGUCAAGAUAUUGUGGGACUUCCAUGUCCAGUCGGACCACGUUAUCGAACACUGCAGACCGGAUCUCCUCCUGGUAGACAAGGUAACCAACGCAGCAACCAUCAUUGACGUUGCAGUCCCAGGAGAUACCUGGAUCCUGGAUAGAGAACAAGAAAAGGUACUGAAAUAUCAAGACCUAAAAAGAGAAAUUAAGAAGAACUGGAAUUUACGAAAGGUCACAAUCGUCCCUGUGGUGAUAGGCGCAUUAGGAACUAGAUCACCAUUAACUUUCGUAAACACCUCGACGCAGUCCACUGCAAUCUGA